AUGGCGAACGCGCUGUAUGCCUCCUGUGCCGAAGUUCUGUCUCUGUGUCAGACACUGAAAGACGACCUUCCUGCUAUCCUCGACCCGGAGACAGGCUUUGCUCCUCGCCUCCGACGUGUUUGCCACGAGCAGCUAGAAGAAUUCGAACAAACUCCCGCCAGUGCUGGAAUGUCGCAGGAGGAGCUAGAUGUGCUCAAACUCGAAGCAAAUACAUGGGGUCUUCUCCAAGCUAUCAUGCCACCGCGAAAGGUGGAGGCCCUUCCGAUGCCCAGCCCGAGAGAUCUACUUGCCCAAAAUCCUUUCACGCCGACGUCUACACUCGCGCAAGCGAUCAUGAAUACUUCGCCUUUGCUGACAGAACUCAUUGUUGUUCGCGAAUGGCUGCAAGAGAUAGCGCCGUCUCCUCAACACCCUGAAGCUACAACCGGCUAUUGGAAGUUCACGAAACACAGUAUAAUGCAAACGCUGCGGUCGGCAGGAGGUCAGAGGGAUGGACUCGUGAAGGAGAUGGAUCCAGAUGUAGUUAACAAAGGGGAUGGACGGGCGUUGGCUUCUGACGACGCUAACUACGAAAAAAGUCUGGCAAAUGCGUUGUAUACUUACGUGCGAGCGGGACGACUCGACGAGGCCAUCGAACUGUGCAGAAAAGCUCACCAACCAUGGAGAGCAGCAAGCAUUCGUGGAUCACGACUAUUCCAAUGGAAGGCUAUUGCGAACGAAGUCAGUGAGGAUGACGAUGAAGUAGAGGAAACCGAUGCAUGGCAGGGCAAUCGUAGGCGUAGGCUGUGGAAAUCCACGUGCGUACGAGCAGCGCUCAACCCUGCCCUCCCUCAAUCAGAACGCGUCUUAUUUUCGGCAUUAGCACCUUCCCCCCAAACAUCAACAGUUCUUAGAUCAGCAUGCAGAACAUGGGAGGAUCAUCUGUGGGCGCAGCUGAGCAUAGUCUGCGAGGAGAAAGAGAGUAUGGAAAUGGCGCUUUUGGCGAACAAGAGCUUCUGGGAAGGAGGGGAGGUCACUGACGACUCUGGCGGGACGAUAGAUAUCGACAGGGAACAAGAAGAGGAAGAAUGGGAGAAAGAAGUAGUUGGUACUUUGGAAGGCUUGAAGAGUGUGGCUGUCUUUGAAGGACAACCAGCAGACCAUGCCUUCCACGUAUCGCAAUUGCACAUCAUCUUGGAUCGAACAAGUACUCUGUUGGAGAUCUUUGCUAAUGGCCUAACAGAUGGGAUAUACGCAGACACCUCGUCAGAAUAUUCAACCAUGUGCCGCUUCUUCGCUCAUCUCUGCCUGUUCCUACAAAUGAUCGAGAUACCCGUACCUCCGUUAGCUACACAAGUAAUCCUCGAGGCGUAUAUCCGGGUGCUGGAAGGUGCGGGGCAGAGGGACCUCAUCGCUAUGUACGCAGGUGCUCUGGGAGAUAACGCCAUCGAACGUUAUGCGUUGUUCCUGACCUCGCUGGAAUUGAGCACCGAUCUUUCGGAGAGGCGGCUGGCGCUCACUAGGGGAAUGGACCAUGGUUUGGACCUCGACCGUGUAGCUAUUGCGACAGCCGAACGGACAAUCGAGAAAGCUUUCGAGCUUCUUCCCCCGCUCGCGGGACCUUUGCCAUCAAUCAUCGCAAUGCAACCACCCGCCUCCGAGACGGAGCAAUUGCUCCUUCGUUCUAUCGAAUGGACGACGUUCUCUAGCGCCACCUUCCACACAGCCCUGGAGCAAGCCAACGUAAUUCUCCGAUAUUUUCUGGGAUCUGGCAGGGUGAAUGUUGCUCAGCAGCUUCUUGGAAUGUUGCCUCCUGAGCUCGCCGCAAUAGGCGAACCUGAAGAAAUGGCCACGGAGUACCUGCACUAUCAACAGUUCUUUGCUAUCUGGGAGGCGUUGGAACGGGUGGUCGAGUGCGAAUCCUUGGAGAGCCCGCAGAUGAAUCGGGAAACAAAGAGUGCCUGGUUGAGAGACUACGCCGGUCUCAUCGAUACGGCCCACGAAAAAAUUGUCAAGCUGCUAACCUCGGAAUGGCUAGUCUCGGAUGUUGAUGUUAUAACCAAUGACCGCCGUCGCCGUGGGCUCGUCCGGAUAAGGCAACUGUAUAUUCCAGAACUCAUCAUCCGUCUCCACCACAUCUUGGUCACUUCCCGACACAAAAUACCUGGCAAUGCUAAGCUGGCCCUGAAAUUGGCCAAUAUCGUCGCGGACUCGAGAUACAAACUCUAUGAUGACUUUGUUGGUGAAGGGGGGAUACCGCUGAGCGAAUACCUGGGCGCUGUCAGACAGGCGAUCAUCGGAGGAUUAGAAGGCGGAGGAUCUGAUCCCUUGCGGUUGCUGACUCGGUGA